CUUGUGCCUCCCUCUCCACGUGCCGUCAUUGACGAAGUUCAAUAUCCUCGUCGUUGGGUUUCCGUUUCGUGGUUUCCUUUUUGCGAAACCACCACCGGCAUCGAAAAUUAUGCUCCAAUACCUGAUCAGUGCCCUAUACGAAGCCCCCUGGCAUACAUCAUUCGACACCCUCCUGCCGUAGUGGGAGGCACGAUACACUCGCCUUGGUUCCGGACUCCAUUUGUUCUCUUUUGUCUUUCUUUCCCGCUCUGCACACCACAUUCUGGCCGCUCUGAUCAUGUUGGCCCUGACCAAUCCGAUCAGCAAUCUACAGUCUACCUACUCAUCGGGAGUCGCCCCGGGGGUUCAGUUUGCUCUUGAUUUGACAGACAAUACCGCGGGCAUGUCGGAGAAGGAGGACUUUCUGUUUGCUAGGCAGCAGCAAGAUACGGCUACCUCGAGAUCGCUGGCCGACACCUCUUCUUCGUUUUCUUUCCCGAGAUUCGCACAGUGGCCGUCGUCCACCUACGACCCGUUUGCGGGCGAAUCUGGCGGUCGUAUAUCUCCAGAGCGAUCGGAGAGGCUGCGGCAGAGGCUCCCCCCGGAGAUACAUAGCGCAGCCCGUAUGCCUCCGGCGACCGCUGUGGGUGAUCCUUUCCGGCCGCUCUCAUUUGUAUCACAGUCGUCUACGUUCACCUCUGAUCCCGGCUCGUAUCCGCAACACGGUCUGCCUCCAAGGUCGAAUCCCGACGACCAGAAUAUCGCGCUGCGGAGACAAAGCCAGGACAGUUUCGUUCUUCAGACAGGGUCUCCCACAAGUCAAGGCUAUGCAGAAUACGACCUGGAAACGCAGAACCGGCGGGCUUCCGAGAUGGGCAGGACCGCCACCCGCUACCACACGCGGAGACGACCAUUCAACCAGGACGAGUUCGACGGCCCCUCUCAGCUGCUUCCGCUGCCCGUGCCGCAACAGGAACACGCCAGGUCGCAGGCACUGCCGUCUCUCCCAGUCCACCUCGACGUCGAGGAGCAGGACGAAAUCACGUCGCGGGUGAACGACAUUUUGUCCCGAUGUGCCUUUCACUUUGUCGCCAAAUAUCAGUUUCCGAUCCCGCUGGAAAGGGAUAAGCCGCGGGUCCGCACGCCAGGGGAUCGCGAGUGGACGGAGUGGGCGUAUUUGUUGAAGAGACUCGCCACCAAGCGAAGGAUCCCAGCCCGCGUGCUCUACGACAACCAGAUCAAACAGUUCGUCACGACCUUAGAGAACUCGAUUGCCGUCAAGCAAAACAACAGAGACCAGCAACCCAGAACGCCAAAGGACGACCGAUACAUGCUGCAGCUAGUCAGCGCGGCGACCCAGGUCGCGAAGAUCUUGAUGGAUUCAUUGUCUAUGGAACAGCUCGACGCUCUAUAUAGGCAAACCGAGAGCGUAAUCCUCGAAAGAAGAGCCAGACUCAGAGGGUUGGGAUUUCAGUGAAGAGUCCCCGCGGACUUGUUUGCUUGUUCUUUCCCAUUUGCGAAGGAGGAGGCCUCUGUUCGCCUUCAAUGAUGCACAUGCCAGAUAUUUAUUCUACUCGGAGGUCAUUGAAUUUUCUCCGCACUCAAAAUACCCAUCUUCAGUAUCAGCGAGAUCGUGCAGGUUCAUGAUCGGCUUUGUGUUAUCGGCCUUUUCCUCACCAUGUCAUGAGUGGCACCCAGUCCAGUAAUGGGAGGAGGGGAAUUUUCUUGAGGCUAUAGCUAAGACCAAUUGUAUGUCGCUCCUGCCGAGACGAAACGCAGCUUUCAUUUUGCACACCGCUUCAGCAAAUUACACAGCCGACAAGCGCAGGCUACAAGUGCUCGAAUAGUCUGGCAAAAAUGGAGUUGCCUUCAAAAUCACUACAGCCUAUGCGCUCUUGUCGCCCAGAUUGACAGAUGAACGCGGCGAUUGUCGGGACUGAGGACGGCACUCACUGACGGGUCGCGGAUCGGAAUGUACAAAAGUUCCAGCCAAGAACAAUGCAAUUGUGAAUUUCGGCCAGGCCCCCGAUCCAGAUUGCACCCGGGGGGGCGAAAUGAAGGAUUCUCUGGGUCUUUCCCGUACGCAAAUGACAGACGCUUUCCCCACGAUGCCCCGAGCCACUUCUCUUCGCCAGGCGCCUUUCCGAUUCUCACAGUCGAGCCUCGAGGAGCAGCUUCCCCAAUCAUCCAUUUGGCGCCGACUGGAUCGCAGUGUGGACACCGGAUGCAGGAAAGGCCAGCGCGAGAAAGUGGAGUACGGUGUCCCUCUCUGACGUUGUGUGACCAAAACAUGGUGUUGAUGCGUCAAUAAAAUGGAUCACCAGGUCGACACAGACGCGCCCUCCUCGUUCCCUCAGACUUGAAGGUUGGCGAGAAGGCACCGUGUAGGAAGACUAUUCGCCGGGAAGGGACCACGCGCCGGAGAGAAGGUGUGGAUUUCCGAGAGGAGGAGGAGGAAGAGGAGGAGGCAGAAGUCGGGCAUGCGCUCUCCACGGGCAGCAGUCUUCGAAAGGUUGGAUCACCAUGGCCAUCGUCACGGAUGUCCGGCGAUGCCACGUCUUCGAGGGCAGCCACCAACUUCAGCCAUUUGUUGACCGCUAUCGAAGCUGCAUGGUCCAUCUUGCGACCCAAAUGCCUUCAGAGCGAACUACGGGCCACGAGCCAGCAAGGGCCUAAUGUUGGGCACGAGGGGGGGGCGCAGGAUGCCAUGCAACGCAGCGUGACUGCUGUCCAAAGAGCAGGCAAAUGAUGAUGCGAGGAGGGAAUGUCGCGGAGGAGAUUCGGUUCCAACAGGGCGCCGACAAAUCCAACGUGGAAAAUCCUACCUAUCAGCCGUCGCUGCAUUGUUCUCUGGGUCGAGUCUGAACGGGCGCACGAUGGCCAGCUGAGCAUCCAUGUUAUUCCUGCUUCUUUGGGUCUGGCUGCACGACAAUGGAGAAGAAGGCGUCGAGGUACUCAACCUUGAACCCUGGCUCAAGAACUACGUAUACGGUACUCGGAUGUGCAUCGGCCAAUCUUCAAGAUGGUUGAUUGCCUGUGGACCCAAAUGCUCUUUCCUGCUUGCAAAUCUCUAUAAGCCUCCGUCAAUAGCGUUGUUCUGCCCGAGAUGGACUCUUCAAGCUCCGUCAUCUCCCAGGAUCAAUCGCUCCAUUGCGCCUAAACCUCUAUUCCUUGACCUUGCAGUGC